UUGAAUUUAUUAUUUUAGUGGGAUUUUUUUUAUUAUUUUGGAUUUUUUUGUUGUUGUUUUUAUUCACCUUUUCAUCCCACUCUAUUUUACUCACCUCGGGCACAAGCAGUGGUGUCCCACGAUCACCCACCCAGCCGUGUCCUCACCCCCCCGCGCCCCUAUGACCCCUCGCGCCCCCCCCGGAGCAGGACCAGGGGGUACCCCAGGACCCCAAACCACACCCUGCCAUUGCGGGGGGGGGGGGGGGCGGGGGGGCAGCUGAGGGUCCUGGUGUCCCCCCUUGAGGACAAAAUCAAGGGGAAACUGAGGCAGGAUCCCCCCCAUGUCCCCACAGGUUCCGGGGUGCAGCGGGGGGGGUGAGAGCGGGAGGACCACGACGGCGGGGGGGUGCUGCACCCCCUGUCCCCCCGGCUUCGGCGUCACCCAACCCUGCACCCACAGCGAGGAGCUGGAGGUGGUGACGGGGGACCCUUCUGCCCCCCCUGAAUUUGUGCCACCCCCGGAGGCCACCGGCAAGGACAUCAUCCCCGUCUACUGCUCCCUCCUGGCCGCCGUGGUGGUGGGACUCCUCGCCUACGUGGCCUUCAAGUGCUGGCACACGUGCAGGCAGAAGCAGCAGCUGGCCAAGGCGCGGGCAGGGGACUUGGGGACGUCACCCGAAGGGGAGAAGCUGCACAGUGACAGCGGGAUCUUCCUCGACACCCACAGCCUGCAGGAACCCCACCAGCCCGGCAAGGCCCCCCGUCCCCAAGGUCCCCCGCUGAGCGCGGUGUCACCGCAGCGGCAGGAGGAGCUGGAGCGGCUGCUGGAGAGCGGGGGGCCGGGGGGGGACUGGCGCAGCCUGGCCGCCCGCUUGGGCUUCGGCCCGGACGCCAUCGGCACCUUCGCCCGCGGGCGAGCGCCCACCCGCACCCUGCUCAGCGCCUGGGCGGGGGCCGAGGGGGCCACCCUGGAGACCCUCUGCCAGGCCCUGGGGGCCAUCGGCCGCCAGGAUGUGGCCCAGCGCUUGGUGGCACCGGGGGACGUCACCUCCGCCGUCUGACACCCCCGAAAGCAGGGGGGUCGGGGCGCGAGGUUUCCCACCUUUUUUUUUAUUAUUAAUCUUU